AUGGCCUCCUCCUCUGCUUCCACCACUGGCAGCAGUAACCCUCAGCAAUCACUGUCCCAGCUAGAUCCUAUCGACAUCAGCUCACACAGCUUCAGCACGCCCUCAAAACGCAUCCACAACCAGCAGGAUGUCGACUACUUCCCCACCUCGCCGGCCUACAAGCUGAUCACCACCUUCAUCCUCCACCUCAACGCCUCCGUCUCGCCGCUCGACCACUCUACAAAUGCCCUCCGCAACCCCGCCCACUACACGCUCGUCUCCGAGACCAUCAACGUCUCCCCCGCCGUCCAGAACAUCAUCGAACUCCUCCACGCCCUCGACAGCCUCAUCACGCAAGCACCCCCCGACCCCGGCCCCCGCCGCUUCGGCAACGUCGCCUUCCGCAAAUGGCACGACCUCGUCGCCUCGUCGGUGCCCACGCUGCUCGACCAGCGCCUCCCGCCCCACAUCGCCUCGCACCCCGGUACCAAAGCCGAGCUCCUCCCCUACCUACUCGGCUCUUUCGGGUCGGCGCAGCGCCUCGACUACGGCACCGGCCAUGAGCUCUCGUUUGCGGCAUUUCUCUGUUGCUUGUGGGUGCUGGGCGGGUUCGAACCCGGCCGGGAUGAGAUCGCACUGACCUUGCGGUGCUUUGACGCUUAUUUCCACCUGGUUAGGAGGCUAGUACUGACUUAUACGCUCGAGCCGGCGGGGUCGCACGGCGUCUGGGGUCUCGAUGACCAUGCUUUUUUGCCGUAUGUCUUUGGCAGUGCGCAGUUGACCACCUAUCCACCGAGUAGUAGUAGCGGUGAGGCAGCGGCGGCGGCGGCGGAGGCGCCAAAGAUGGUGGAUCCUGCGGUCGCGUCGGCGCUCGAGGAUGUACCGAAGCCCGGGGAUGUGGUGACGAGCUUGGUGGUGGAGAGGGAACGCGUGCGCAAUUUGUAUUUCGGCGCGGUGGGCUUUAUCUACGAUGUCAAGACGGGGCCGUUCUGGGAGCAUAGUCCCAUUCUGUACGACAUCUCGGGAGUGCAGGGCGGAUGGGGAAAGAUCAAUAAGGGAAUGCUGAAGAUGUACAACGCAGAGGUGCUUGGAAAGUUUCCGGUCGUCCAGCACUUUCCCUUCGGCAGCAUCUUCAAUUGGGGUGCUCCCAGUCACAGCAACACCACCGCGGCGACAACUCAACACCAGAGCAAUAUCAAUAAUAGCAGCAGCAGCAGCACCUCCCGGGGAAUGCCCGACACAGGAGCACCAACAUCAGCCCCAACAACAAGAGCUCCCUGGGCCACUGCGACGAACAACUCAUCAUCAGCUUCGCUAUCAAACACCGGCGCGACAACCAGAGCUCCCUGGGCGGCAGCCGGAACACCAUCCUCCAGCGCAUCAAUCACCCCAUCCACAAGAGCACCCUGGGCGAAACCACCAGCGCCCGACAACGUCAUGACCACCAAAUCCGGCGAACAGCCGCUCACCACUGCGCCCUGGGCCGCACCCCAGGUCCCGCUGUACCCCACAUCGGCCGGUAUGAGCGCCGCGCACCACCCCCCGCCGCCGAGGCAGCUGAGCGGGGAGGACACCGUCGCGCCGUGGAAGCUUGGCGGUGAAGGUGGUGCGGAGGCAGUACCGCCGCCGCCGGUGACGGAGGCGAACUUGGGGCCGAAACGGACGUCGUCGCCGGAUAGUAGGUUGGCGGCGAGCCUGGAUGGGGAGGAGGCGGAGAAGAGGAGGGGAAGCUUGGGGACUGGUGGGGUCAGGGUUGCGGAGACGGGCGAUCUGAGCUUGGGGAGGAAGGGAAGUGUGGUGAAGGGUGAGAAUGAAUAA